GGUUCUGGGAGGCGGGCCGCAGGUCGCCGUCAGCGCCGCCGCCUCUCUGGGUCGGACCGGCUCACGUGACCAACGCUGGCUCUGAAGCAGUGGGCCGUACCGAGGCGGCGACGGCGACUGCAGCUCGCGAGGUAGCGGCCUGGGGAGGGACGGGCCGGCUGCCCUCUCGGACGGCCGCGGCGGACGACAAAAAUGGCGGAGGCCUCGGCGGCCGGGGCGGACUCGGGCGCCGCUGUGGCUGCCCACCGGUUUUUCUGCCACUUUUGCAAGGGCGAGGUCAGCCCCAAACUACCGGAAUACAUUUGUCCCAGAUGUGAAUCAGGCUUUAUUGAAGAAGUGACAGAUGAUUCCAGUUUCUUAGGUGGUGGCAGCAGUCGGAUAGACAAUAGCACAACAACACAUUUUGCAGAGCUUUGGGGCCAUUUGGAUCACACGAUGAUUUUUCAAGAUUUUAGACCAUUUCUAAGUAGCAGUCCACUGGACCAAGAUAAUAGAGCCAAUGAAAGGGGUCACCAGACUCACACUGACUUCUGGGGAGCAAGGCCUCCACGGCUGCCAGUGGGUCGGAGAUACAGAUCUCGAGGAAGUACUCGUCCUGACAGAUCUCCAGCUAUUGAAGGAAUACUACAACACAUCUUUGCAGGAUUCUUUGCAAAUUCUGCCAUUCCUGGAUCUCCACACCCUUUUUCCUGGAGCGGGAUGCUGCACUCCAACCCUGGGGACUAUGCCUGGGGUCAGACAGGGCUUGAUGCCAUUGUAACCCAGGUGAGGAGCUGCCUUUUGAGGGUGUCUGUUCAGUGUGUCUCAUGGUUCCACAGACUUCCUGCUUUCCUUCUGCUACUUUCUGAAAUGGGAGUCACUCUGCUUUCUCUAAUAUUUCCUGCUUCAACAGAUAUGGGUUUAGAGUGUCCAGUAUGCAAAGAAGAUUACACAGUUGAAGAGGAAGUCCGGCAGUUACCUUGCAAUCACUUCUUUCACAGCAGUUGUAUUGUACCAUGGUUAGAACUGCAUGACACAUGUCCUGUAUGUAGGAAGAGCUUAAAUGGUGAGGACUCUACUCAGCAAAGCCAGAACUCUGAGGCCUCUGCAAGCAACAGAUUUAGCAAUGACAGUCAGCUACAUGACCGAUGGACUUUCUGAAGCUAAAGACCACGCCUGAAUCAGGGCUAUGGUAAUCAUCUUACCAUAGCUGUAAAUUGUAUCAAAACAAAAAAUUAGUAGAUGGAUAUAGGAAUCACAUAAGAAACCCAAUGCAUAAUAUGAAUGCAAUGAAUGUUUUUCUUCUCUAAAUUUAAAGUUAGUAUCUACAGAUGGAAUUGUAUCUACAACAAAAUGCCUCUUAUUCAUGAAAUCAGAGUGAUAAUUUUCUAAGUGUGAAACUUAAUUAUGUAGGGCUCCCCCCACCUGAAUAGAAUCAAUCCCUUAAAGUCUAGUUAGGGUCCUGCUAUCUGUCAUAUUGCCUUUGUAACAGAGGUUUCCACCUCCUUCUCCACCCUCUACCCCACCAUUAGUGUAUUUUACUAUAAAAACAGUGGAACCACAGCCCUAAAGUCCUGCUGAUAUAAAGUCCUUUUGUCUUAAUUGUACUUAAACAAACAAAAAAAAUCUACUCUUGAUCACAUUAGCUGUGAGGUGAGGCCAAAAUUAAUUCAGGAAUCUAAGACUGAUAAUUUUGUUUUGUCUUGAUUCCCAGAGCACAAAUCAAAGAAGAAUUACAGUGAGAAG